AUGCUGGGUGAGAGGCUGGGUGAGACCAGCUGGGGUCACUGGCUGGCUGAGACGCUGGGUGAGACGCUGGGUGAGACGCUGGUGAUCUGUACAUUCCGCGGGACGGUGACCCAUGGUCUGGCUCUGGAGAUCGGAGAGACAGUCCAAAUACUGGAGAAAUGUCAAGGUUGGUACCGAGGAUCCUCCACCAGGAAACCCACAAUCAAGGGGAUCUUCCCAACCAGCUACGUUCACUUGAAGAAGGCCAAUGUAACCAACAGAGGGCAGUAUGAGACAGUGGUGUCGCUGGAAGACCCCAUAGUGACGGAGGUGACGUCCACUCUGCAGGAAUGGGCCCUGUCGUGGAAGCAACUCUACGUGAAACACAAGGUGGACUUGUUCUACAAGUUGCGUCACGUGAUGAAUGAGCUGUUUGACCUUCGGAGACAGAUGCUGUCUGGUCACCUGACCCAGGAUCAGUUCAGAGAUGUCAAGAAACACAUCACAGUCCGCCUGGACUGGGGCAACGAACAACUAGGCCUGGACCUCGUACCCAGGAAGGAGUUUGAGAUGGUUGAUGCAGAACAAAUCAGCGUCUCAGACUUAUACAAAAUGCACCUGUCCAGCAGACACAGUGUCCAGCAAAGCACAACCCAGGGUGACAGUGUGCGUCGGGGUCACGGUGUAGAGCCCUGCUGUAUCCCCGUCCCUCACCACCUGUUCAUCAACCUGAAGAGCUUCACCUACAACACCAUGGGAGAAGAUACAGACAUCUUCUUCUCUCUCUACGACCUCAGGGAGGGGAAUCACAUCAGUGAGAAGUUUAUGGUCAGACUGAACAAGAAUGGAGGUCCCAAAAAUCCAGAAAAGGUUGACCGACUGUGUGCUCUCUUCACGGAUCUAAGCAAUAAGGACAUGAAGCGGGACCUGUAUAUUGUUUCCCAAGUCAUCAGAACUGGUCGGAUGCUGCUGAAUGACACUAAGAAGGGUCCUCCUCACGUCCAGUACAGAAGACCGUACGGCUGUGCAGUUCUGGCCAUGAGUGAUGUCCUACAGACCAUCUCAGAACUAAAGGAGGAGAAGGACUUUGUACUCAAAGUCUACACAUGUAACAAUGAGAACGAGUGGUACCAGAUCCAUGAAAACAUCAUAAGAAAAUCCAGCACCAAUGUUACGAUGCCAUCACUUAUCAGCACCAACUAUGGUCUGAUCAUCUCUCUCCAGCUACUGCGAGGAGAGAUGGAACAGAUCAGGAGAGAGAACCCAAUGAUCUUCAAUAGAGGCGUGGCCUUGACACGCAAGCUGGGUUUCCCCGAUGUCAUCAUGCCAGAGACGGAGGUAAAUUGGUGUGACAUCCGUAACGACCUGUACCUCACCUUGGAAAGAGGAGACUUUGAGAGGGGAGGCAAGAGUGUCCAGAAGAACAUUGAGGUCACCGUCUACGUGCUCUUCGCAGACGGAGAAAUACUCAAAGACUGUAUCAGCCUGGGCAGUGGUGAGCCUCACAUCAGUGAACAUCGCUCGUUUGUCCUCUACCACAACAACAGCCCCCGCUGGGGCGAGGUGGUUAAACUACCCAUCCCCAUAGACUGCUUCAGAGGGUCACACCUACGCUUCGAGUUCAGACACUGCUCCACCAAAGACAAGGGGGAGAAGAAGCUGUUUGGUUUUGCAUUCACAGCACUGAUGAGAGAGGACGGGACAACGCUAUCAGACGAGAGUCACGAGCUCUUUGUGUACAAGUGUGAUGAGAAUGCUACGUUCAGUAACCAUGCGUUGUACCUGGGUCUGCCCUGCUGUAAGGAGGACUUCAACGGCUGUCCCAACAUUCCCUCCAGCCUCAUCUUCCAACGCAGCACCAAGGAGACCCUCUGGAUCUCCACACAGCUCUCCUCCACCAAGCUCACACAGAAUGUGGACCUGCUUGCGUUGUUGAAGUGGAAGGCCCACCCUGACAGAGUGAUGGACAUCCUGGGGAGACUACGUCACGUCAGUGGAGAGGAGAUCGUCAAGUUUCUUCAAGACAUCUUGGACACGCUGUUUUCCAUCCUGGAUGACAACACUGACAAGUACGGUCCUCUGGUGUUCCAGUCGCUGGUGUUCAUCAUUAAUCUGCUCAGGGACAGUAAGUACUAUCACUUCUGCCCUGUCAUGGACACUUACAUCCAGAAGCACUUUGCUGGAGCGCUGGCGUACAAAGAGUUGAUCCGCUGUCUGAAGUGGUACAUGGACCGUUCUGCAGAGGUGGUGAGACAGAACCACAUCCAGGAGGCCAUGAGGGCUCUGGAGUACCUGUUGAAGUUCAUUAUCCAGUCUCGCAUCCUGUACUCCCGUGCUACCUGUGGUAUGGAGGAAGAACAGUUCAGAGCCAGCAUCCAGGAGCUCUUCCUGUCCAUCCGCUUUGUCCUCAGUCUGGACAGCCGCGGCUCUGAGACGCUCGUUUUCACACAGACUCCUCAGGUCCCCCAGCCUGCCUCUGGACAGGGACAGCCCCCAGGCCCCAUCAGCUGUACUCAGGCCUGGAGCUCCAACGCUCCUCGCCCCUCUCCUCUCUCAGCGGCGCUAUUGAACUCGUUCCCGGCUAUCUUUGACGAACUGCUUCAGAUGUUUACAGUCCAGGAAGUGGCAGAGUUCGUACGGGGCACGCUGGGCAGUAUGCCAAGUACCGUACACAUCGGACAGUCCAUGGACGUGGUCAAACUGCAGUCCAUCGCUCGCACCGUCGACAGCCGCCUCUUCUCCUUCCCAGAGUCUCGUAGGAUCUUGCUUCCUGUAGUUCUACAUCACAUCCACCUCCACCUGAGACAGCAGAAAGAGCUCCUCAUCUGUUCUGGCAUCCUCAGCAGUAUCUUCUCCAUCAUCAAGACCAGCUCUCUGGACACCCCAGUGCAGGAGGAGGUAGAGAUGAUGGUGGAAUCUCUCCUGGAUGUGCUUCUCCAGACCCUGCUGGCCAUCAUGACCAAGUCUCAGUCCCAGGAGGCGGUAAGAGGCCAUCGCUGCCCGCAGUGCACGGCUGAGAUCACUGGAGAAUAUGUGUCCUGCCUCCUAUCCCUGCUGCGUCAGAUGUCUGACAUCCACUUCAACCAUCUACUGGACAACUUCCAGAGCAAAGAGGAAGUCAAGGAGUUCCUUCUGAAGAUAUUCUGUGUGUUUCGUAACCUGAUGAAGCUCAGUAUUUUUCCCCGGGACUGGAACGUGAUGAGGCUGCUAACCAGCAACACCAUAGUGACAACUGUCCAAUAUCUGUCCCCGGCUUUGCACAAGAACUUCACCGAAGCUGACUUUGAAUUCAAGGUGUGGAACUCAUACUUCAGCCUGGCUGUUCUCUACAUCAGCCAGCCCAGUCUACAACUAGAGAACACCACGCCAGCCAAGAGGAAGAACGUGUUGGACAAAUAUGGUGACAUGAGAGUGAUGAUGGCCUACGAGCUGUUCAGCAUGUGGCAGAACCUCGGUGAGAACAAGAUCCACUUCAUCCCAGGUAUGAUAGGUCCGUUCCUGGGUGUGACCCUGGUGCCUCAGGGGGAGGUCAGGAACAUCAUGAUCCCUAUCUUCCACGACAUGAUGGACUGGGAGCAGAGGAAGAACGGGAACUUCAAACAGGUGGAGGCAGAGCUGAUAGACAAGCUGGACAGUCUGGUGUCUGAGGGGAAAGGAGACGAGAACUACAGAGAACUAUUCAGCCUGCUAACCCAGCUCUUUGGGCCUUACCCCAGUCUGCUGGAGAAGAUUGAGCAAGAGACGUGGAGGGAGACGGGGAUCUCCUUCGUCACCUCUGUCACACGGCUGAUGGAACGACUGCUGGACUACAGGGACUGCAUGAAAGGAGACGAGACAGAGAACAAGAAGAUUGGCUGUACUGUCAACCUGUUGAACUUCUACAAGUCAGAGAUCAACAAGGAGGAGAUGUACAUCCGCUAUAUCCACAAGCUGUGUGACAUGCACCUCCAGGCUGACAACUUCACAGAGGCUGCGUUCACCCUGCUGUUGUACUGGGAGCUACUGCAUUGGGAAGAGAGGCCUCUAAGGGAGUUCUUACACUACCCAGCCCAGAGCGAGUGGCAUCGCAAAGAAGGCCUCAGUCGCAAGGUCAUCCACUACUUCAACAAGGGAAAGUGCUGGGAAUACGGGGUACCGUUGUGCAGAGAGCUGGCUUUCCAGUAUGAGACAUUAUACGACUACCAAAGCCUCAGCUGGAUAAGGAAAAUGGAAGCUGCUUACUAUGACAGCAUCAUGGAGCAGCAACGUCUAGAGCCAGAGUUCUUCAGGGUGGGCUUCUACGGACGCAAGUUCCCCUUCUUCCUAAGAAACAAGGAGUUUGUCUGCCGCGGUCAUGACUACGAACGGCUUGAAGCCUUCCAGCAAAGGAUGCUGGGAGAAUUCCCACAAGCCAUUGCCAUGCAGCACCCUAAUCAACCAGACGAAGCCAUCUUACAGUGUGAUGCCCAGUACCUGCAGAUCUAUGCGGUGACGCCGGUUCCGGAGAAUGUCAAAAUUCUCCAAAUGGACCGCGUUCCAGACCGCAUCAAGAGCUUCUACCGUGUCAACAACGUGCGCCGCUUUCGAUACGACCGGCCCUUCCACAAAGGAUCCAAAGACCGAGAGAACGAGUUCAAGAGCUUGUGGAUCGAAAGGACUACGCUGAUCCUCACACAUCCUCUUCCUGGUAUCUCCCGCUGGUUUGAGGUGGAGAAGAGAGAGCUGGUGGAGGUGAGUCCUCUGGAGAAUGCCAUCUACGUGGUGGAGAACAAGAACCAUGAGCUGCGGACCCUGAUCAGCCAGUACCAACACAAGCAGCUCCAUGGCAACAUCAACCUGCUGUCCAUGUGUCUCAAUGGGGUCAUUGACGCUGCCGUCAACGGGGGCAUCGCCAGAUACCAGGAGGCCUUCUUUGAUAAGGAGUACAUCAGCAGCCACCCAGAAGACACAGAGAAGAUCACUGCCCUCAAAGACCUCAUGCAGGAACAGGUUUACAUCCUGGGGGCGGGGCUUGCAGUCCAUGACAAGCUGGUGCACCCUGAAAUGCGUCCCCUGCACAAGAAGCUGAUAGAUCAGUUCCAGAUGAUGAGGAGCAGUCUCUAUGGUCUGCCGGGACUGGACAAGCUGAGUCCUGCCUGUUCUAGUGUCAGCACCACAAGAGGCAUCCUGGCUACGCACAGCCCCAUGAGCCCUGACAGCUUCAAACUCAUUCACAGGCACAGUCCACUGAAUCUGCUGGGGUCUAUCCGCCAGUCGUCCUCCUCACUGUCCUCUCACACCUCCAGCGAGACGGGUAACCUGGUGAUCCUGACGGACAGCGUGGUGAUGGAACACCCCGAGGACGUCUACCAUAUGCAGCCCAGUCCUUCGUCCUCCAGUCUGAGCUCCACCCACUCAGCCCCCUCCCAGAUGAUGAACUCUGCCCCCAACAGUAUCAGAGGCUCCCCGUCGCUGCCAGAAAAAUACAGACACAACCGUGAGAUGUUGAUGCUGCUGCCUCUGCACCGUGAGAGACCCAGCUCCGCUAUGUACCCCAACAUCACUGAGAACGGACAGCCAACUAACUUCCAGCGAGCGUUGUUCCAUCAGGUGAUUGGUCCGUGCAAGCCCUGUAGCGACCCUAACCUGUCCGUAGCAGAGAAAGUCCUGACCACCCCCAGCUCCUGGAGUCUGGACAGUGGUACCAGAGAGGCGUUGCCGUUCCUGUCCACCCACGUUGGGAGUGUGAUGGCCCCCCCAGUCCCGCCCCGUAGCCUUCCCCAUGGACACUUCUCCAUGAACUUUGAUGCUUUCCACCACCAGAACAGCGACCUCCCUCCAGCUCUCCCUGCACGCUCCUCUUUACGAAAGUCACCCCUGCACCCUAUACCUGCCUCGCCCACCAGUCCCCAAACCCAGUCCGGCCUGGAUGGCAGUAACUCUACCCUCUCUGGCAGCGCCUCCUCCGGCGUCUCAUCCCUGAGCGAGAGCAACUUGUUGGGGCAGUCCUGCUCCACCGAGGCCCCUGGAACUACCAGCAGACACCCAGCAGGCACCCUGGACUCUGUCUCCAUCACCCCUAGCACGGUGCACUCUAUCUGGGCCAUAGACGGAGAAGACCUGGGAAUGAACUCCCCUUCUAGUCCCUACCUGCCUGUCCGAUACAGCGUCUCCGAGCCAGAGGUCCUGGAUGGCUCCAAACCCCCUCCCUGCCGUAGCCACUCCGCCCCUGGGUGGGUCACCCCGGUCAUCACCCCUAUUAUCCCCGUCCUCCCAGAGGCCCACGCCCUAAACAUCCAGAACUUGCCCCACUACCACCAGGAGCCCCCGCCCGCCCUGCCCCCCAAGCCCUACCUGAGAGAGGGGUGUAUCCCUGAGGAAGGGUGUAUUCUCGUGCCCAGGCCCAUGCCACGCAAGAUCUCUCAGCCUCUCAUCACCUCCAAGGAAGAGCAGGCCAAGGUGGCGUGGGAGCAGGUCAUCACAGAGGAGUAAAGAGCAGGCCUGGGGUUUAUUCUGUCAGUGAUGUGAAACUUUGUGAAUGUUUCAGAUAUAAAUAGUGUGAAUAGAGCUGACACCUGAUCCCCCUCCCCUAUUCCAUCUGACAGACAAUCAUAUCUGUUCUACAUUAUAUAUUUCUAUCUGAAUGUUCUGUAACUUUAUAUCCUCCUGAACAUGCCCAUGGUUUAGAAAUUGUUGGGGCCAGUGUUAGGACCUGUCUCUCUGAAGGGCCAGUGUUAGGGCCAGUGUUAGGACCUGUCUCUCUGAAGGGCCAGUGUUAGGGCCAGUGUUAGGACCUGUCUCUCUGAAGGGCCAGUGUUAGGGCCAGUGUUAGGACCUGUCUCUCUGAAGGGCCAGUGUUAGGGCCAGUGUUAGGACCUGUCUCUCUGAAGGGCCAGUGUUAGGGCCAGUGUUAGGACCUGUCUCUCUGAGGGGCCAGGGCAAUGAUCCCCCUCCUCCCAGUUCAUUCCUUCUCACAGAGUAUCCUAUUUUGGUAUUGGAGAAUGCUAGCUGUGAUCUAAAAUGUAAAUCUAAUUGUUCACAUCUAAAUGUGUUUGUUUGAAAAUG